AUGAUGGUCGGCGGUGGCGAGGAGACACCUCCAAAGGAAGUUGAAGCUAAUGAAGCGAGGAGUCUUCGUCGCUCCCAAGGCAGAGGAAAGGAUGAAGGUGAUGACGGUGGUAGCAAAGAAAAACCUCCGAAUGACGACGUCAAUAUUGAGGACGCCGACUACUAUGACGAAGCCACGACGGCCGGCAAGCCGGCGACUGCCUCUCGAUCCAGCAAUCAACCCCGUGCACCAGGAGAACCGGAUAUUAAUCACAAUGUUUUCAUGGUUUAUAAGAUCAAAAAUGCCUUAAGCAGUGUAAUAUUCAAUCUCCAGAAGAAAAUCUACCAAGGUAAAGUGAGGAUGCAGGAACUUCUCCAUCACCCGAUUGAUCCUCCCGAGGACGACAGCGUUGCAAGUACCACAGAGUCCAGCAAUACUACAGAAGAUUACGCAAUAGCAGAAGCCUUUCUGAAUGGACGAGAAUCGGUCCAGAAGCCGUGCUCAUUGGAACACAUGUCGUACAUAGAGAGAAAUCAGAAGGCCGGAUGUUCUGGUGCUGUCCAGUUUGCAAAUGACGUGUGUGAAGUCUUCUUCGAAUGUUUGAGAAAGAAGGAGGAAAUGUUCAUGGCCUGUGAAAAGAAGGUCUGUUUGCAAUACGAGAAGUUCAGCUCACCACCGGAAUGUGUACAACAUCUUUUUGAAUGUCAUGAAUAA